GAUUUGCUUGCACAAGCUCCUUUCAAUUCUAACUAAACUCCUCCCUCAUUCCAUUCCAGCGAUUCAUGCAUGUUCCUUUUUUUUUUCUUCUCAUUCUCCUAAACCUCUCACUCUCUCUUCCGCGACUAGAAAGAAUAGAAAAACCUCACAUUGACUCGGUGGAUAUCUUCAAGAUAAACCCCUUUUUGUUUUGGCAUCCUUGUCUGUCCAGUCUCUACAAACAGUUUAAACCCACCCUCCCCACGUUACGUUUGAACGGGCACACUACAGAUAUACAUAACCCAAAACGAACGACUUGGCAUCUUCCGUUCCCGAAAGGCCAUACUCACUCACAGAUCGAUUAAUCAUGUGUUGAAAAGAGCGACUGCUUUUACUACUCUUCGACGUUCUCUUCUUUUUUUCUUCGUCGACUAGUCUCACCAAAAAUAAACCGUCGCCUGCCCCGCGAUCGACCACCUCUUUCUUUUCCACUACCGCAUUCGUCAUCCCUUUCGCCCUCAGAACCCUGCGCAUUUCGAUUUCUGUCGCUGGCGUCAGAUUUCUGCGCCGUAAUCGGCUACGAUCAUUCCACCGUUGAAUCACCGACGACAUGCCCAAGAUGCUUGCGCCUGGGUUCAGGACGCGGCGCACCUCUUCCUUCAUUCGAUUCGGCGCCCUCGCUGCUCUCGUCCUCCUUGCGUUUUGGUCUUUCAGCAAUCGCUCUCCUGCGCCGUCUCUGCUACCGAUACAGAAAUCACAACCUGCUGCUGCUGAGGGCGCUGGUUCUUUUCCUGUGAAGGCAGCAGAGCAACCUUUCUCAAACAAACCCGUGCAGGGCGCUCAUCCGAUUGACAAGCUAAUCAACGACGGCGGAAAACGAUACAAAGACAUCCUCUCCAGAGAAUCGCAUACCCUCGAAGAAGCAGCCCAAGCGUACCGUAAACGCCGUGGUCGUCAUCCCCCGCCAGGUUUCGACAAAUGGUGGGAUUUCGCCAAGCAGAACAACGCCAUUGUGGUGGAGGAGUUCUGGGAUCAGGUCUACCACGAUAUCGACCCGUUUUGGGGCGUUCCUCAGCCUAUCAUCCGAAAAGAGGCGUACAGCUUUGAGAUGUCGAUCCACAUUCGAAACGGUAAAGCCAAUUCAACGAGUGAUUGGUUCUGGACGUUGAUCUGGCUUGAUAUGAUUCGCUCCAUCGAACAUAUGGUUCCUGAUCUGGAUAUGCCGUUGAAUGCGAUGGACGAACCCCGUCUUGUGGUGCCGUGGGAGGAUAUUGAUGGAUACAUGACCAAGGGCGCUGCGUCGAGGAGUCUGUGGCCUGCGAAGGAGGUUGUCUCAGAGUUUCAGAAGCUUCCUACCGCUGGGCGACAUGACAGGGACGUCAGAAUUCCUUUCAAGCGAUGGGAAAAGACCAGCCCAUACUGGCCAAUUGCCCGUCGAGGAUGUCCCCCAGACAGUCCAGCCCGUCAAGCGCCUCUAAAAGAAUCCUUCAACCAUCCCCCCGAAAUCGACAUCUCCAACGCGGAGAAGCACUCUUUCGCAGGCUACGUCUCCAACUUUACAUUAUCGAGUGAAAUCUGCCACCAACCCGACCUCCAAGGCCUAAACGGUCUUUUGAUCAACCCCAUCUCAGUUUCUUCUACAAAAGUCCUGUUUCCUAUGUUUGGCGGCUCGAAACUCGCCAUCAACAACGAAAUUCUGCUCCCGCCGCCGAUUUACUGGAAGGGAGAAGAUCGCUUCACGGGCGGUGAGGAUAAUGAUGUGGAGUGGCAGAAUAAGGGAAACACUGUGGUCUGGCGCGGCGUCGCGACGGGAGGCAAGAAUAAGCCUGAGAACUGGCGCGGUUUCCACCGUCAUCGAUUUGUCUCGAUGCUCAACCAGACAAAGGUUUCAGCUGUUGAGCACGGCAAGGAGAAACCAGAGAAUUUCGUCCUUCCGUCGGAGCAGUAUCAUCUUCACGCGCAAGCUGAUGGUCGUCUUGGGGAGUGGGUCGGCGAGUGGUCUGAAGUAGGCUUCGUGGAUCUCAUGUGCUCACCCUCUGAAGAAGACGGACGUUGCUGGUACACGGAUCACUACUUCGCCAAGGUUGACGGCAUGGACAUGCACGAGCAGUUCGACUACAAAUACGUUCCCGAUAUCGACGGAAACUCUUUCUCAGGUCGUUACCUCGGCUUCCUCAACUCGACAUCCCUCCCCAUAAAAGCAACCCUCUUCAGAGAGUGGCACGACAGCCGUCUCGUGCCCUGGGUGCACUUCGUCCCCAUGGACAACAGAUUCCAGGACUUUUACGGCAUAAUGGAGUAUUUCAGAGGAUACGGCGAAACAAGCGGUCACGACAAGGCUGCGCAGCGAAUUGCGCUCGAGGGAAAGGAGUGGGCGAAUAAAGUACUAAGAAAAGAGGACAUGCAGAUCUAUGUGCUGCGGUUGCUGUUGGAGUAUGGGCGGGUCAUUGCGGAUGAUAGGGAUAAGAUGGGGUGGGUUGACGAUGCGCUCAAGGAUCCGUCUAUCGAAAAGACGUGGAGCAAGUUGAAGAUAUGAUACAUCAUUGUGUGGAGUUGGCCUUGAUUUGGGAGGCGAUGGCGUUCUGGCGUGGUUUUAUUUUUGAUGCAUGUCGUUUUGCUCUACGGACAACGACCGGGGUUUAUGGCAUCUAAGUCAAGUACAGUACUUAAAUUACAGCUGAGAAUGAGUUCUCAGUUUAUUGUAUCAAUUAUCAUGAUGUACAAUUCUAUUUUGUCUAUGGUACAUUUAAAAUCUUUUAUGUGUCGCU